GUGUGCGUUCAUGCGCCUCCUCACACACGGGCUGUCUUGUUGCCACAUGUGCCAUUAAUUGGCAAGAACGCUGCUCAUAGUUGGCUGAUCAAGAUAGAGGCUGUGUAAAGGAACAGGAUUAGAGACAGCCCAGGGUUUCCUUUUCAAGGAGGUUUAAAACAUUUUUUUUUCCUCACUAACUUCCUUCCUGUUCUAACUGCCAGUGCUCAGAAGUCAGAGUUGAGAGACAGAGGCACACGACAGAGACCUGACGCAUUGCAUAUCAAGAUGACAGAAAAGGACACAGAGCCACAGCUAGAUGAAGGUGACGAUGAGCUAGACAGCAAGCUCAAUUAUAAGCCACCACCUCAGAAGUCCCUGAAGGAACUGCAGGAGAUGGAUAAAGAUGAUGAAAGUCUAACUAAGUACAAGAAGACCCUGCUGGGAGAUGCUCCUGUGGUAGCAGACCCAACACUCCCAAAUGUGACUGUCACUCGGCUCACGCUGGUGUGUGAGAGUGCGCCAGGACCAAUCACCAUGGACCUUACUGGGGACCUUGAAUCACUCAAAAAAGAAACUUUUGUGCUAAAGGAAGGUAUUGAAUAUAGAGUGAAAAUUCACUUCAAAGUAAACAAGGAUAUUGUGUCAGGCCUGAAAUACGUUCAGCACACCUAUCGGACUGGGCUGAAAGUGGAUAAAGCAACAUUUAUGGUUGGCAGCUACGGCCCUCGGCCAGAGGAGUACGAGUUUCUCACUCCAGUGGAGGAGGCUCCCAAGGGCAUGCUGGCCAGAGGCACCUACCACAACAAGUCCUUCUUCACCGAUGACGACAAGCAAGACCACCUCACCUGGGAGUGGAACCUGUCCAUUAAGAAGGACUGGACAGAGUAAAUGCCCCUGCCAUGCUCCCUCCUACCCGUACCACCUGGAAAGAUUCUCUCAGUCACGUUGAUCAUCCUGUCCCUCCUUGUCCCUCACCCCUGUUCACACCCUCCGCUUCUGUAUUGAUGCAUCUUACUCCCCCUGGAGGGCACACGAGGCUUAAGAUCUGCCUGCUCUCUCUGCGCCCCAAUCAGAGCCACAUCUUCAGGGUCCCCCAUCUCAUUUCAUGUCUCUCUCUCUCUCUCUCUCUUGUUCUCACUUGAGCAACUAGAGGCCAAAACAUCAGCCAACUACCAUGCUCAGUUCUUCUGCCUUAGGUUUAGUAGUUCAAGCCCGUACCCGGAUUCUUUUGUGGUUGCUGCUGGCUCAACGACUCCCCUGUGAUAUGUGCCACCAGUUGGGGUUCUUCUUGUGCGAGAGACACUGUAAACAACACGAGAGAGUAAGAAUAAAACAACUAUAUGUUCUGAGUGAGACCCUCA